AUGGGCUUGCUGAAAGUCUACCGCACUAAGCGCGUUGUGCCAAGCCCCAGCGGAGAACUGGAAGAGUUGAAGCCGCAGCCGGGCAAGUUGAAAAGAAGCUCCACGGGAAGCAUCCUGGUGCCGGAGGAGGAUGCAAAGUUUCCAGAGCUACAGAGAACCUCAACUGGAUCCAUUGUUGUGCCGGCACCUGAAGAGAAAUCUGCGCUUCUGAGUCGAUCCAUCAUCUCGGUGCCAGAUGAUUCAGAGGAGGAGCCCAUCGUGAGCUUCGGGGAUCAAAGUUGUACUUUGAGGGAGGCUCAGAAUUCAGUGUUGAAUGGUGCUUCCAAGACCCCUGUUGCUGGGUCACUCCCAUCGAUGAACUCAAGGCCUGCAGAUGAAGGAUUGAGUACCCGGGAGCAUCCGGAGGGGCUCAAAGUCAAGGCAACUGGUGGAGGCAUACCCAAGAGUCUAAAGAGGGGUAGACUCGAAAAACACUCAUGCCCUGCUCAGCCUGACGCCUCGGAGCCAGACCCUGGCUUCCUUGAGAGAGGGCCAAGGCGGCCAGGGAAAUUUCUCCAAUUCAUCAAAUCGUCCAUUCCACUGGCAUCGAGGAGCAACCCCGAUCAGAUCAAUCAGGCCAAUCCCGAAGCUCCACGGUCAGAGCUUGCUGGGGAAUGCCCUUGGAUUGCUCCAUCAGAGGCCACUGUGCAAAAUCCUUCACCUCUAAAACUGAAGCUGGUGGGCGGUUCAAAGCUGCCAGAAAAUGCAUCAGAAUUUCAGAAGAGAAAGACAGGGAAAUCCGUCGGACCCAGUGUUGCUGGACACAGGUCGCCUGUUUUCCGAAAGCUCAAUGCAGCACCCAGGGUCAUCGACUGCAGUGAGACAAAGCAGCCUGGCGUUGCCCUAGUGAUCAAGAAGCAAUGGUGUGAGAAGAUCUUCGAAGGCACAAAGAUUUGGGAAAUUCGAGGGACCGCUUUGGCAAAAAGAACGCGUAUUUGCAUUGCACAGUCGAAAUCAAAAUCUCUGAUUGGAGAAGUGGAUAUUGUUGACUGUUUGCAGGUGGGUCGGAUGGAAAAUGGACAGCUCAUUCCUUGGAGUGACAGCGAGUGGCACCAGCAGAACUUCAUUGGAGCUGAAGAGAACUUGCCCAAGCAUUGCAUCGAGGACCUUAGUUGCAUUGCAUAUUCCAAAAUCUAUGCCUGGGUACUGGACAACAAGCAGCGCUACGACAAACCAAAGCCCUACCGUCACAAGACUGGUUGCAUCACAUGGGUCAGACUGGACAACUCCGCGGCCAGACCAGUCGGCACACCUGCAAGACGCAGGUCUGCCGGAGCUGACGGUAGACAUGCCAAACGUGGGUGGGCCAGAACUGGUCGCAGAUCUGCCAGAUCUGAUCGCAAGGGGAGAACUGAUCAGUCUGAGCGAUUGGUGUUUCCGGUGACCAUGCGGCCAAGCACUUCAACUGAACCAGCCUGGAUUUCCAGGUCCGCUCGGCUCAUUGAGGAUGACAUCACGGACGAUGAGAUUGAAGGGGUCUGA